GUGUUUAUUUGUUGUCAUACAAGUGCUGCAGGACUGCUUUAUCAUCCUGCUCUACAUACCAUAAUAACACACCGUGCAUCAGUCCAUAAACAUGCACGAUGCAUCAGCGAGGAGCCGCUCUCUCUGCUGCACGGUUCAUGGAUAAAGGCUGCACGGUUAAUCGAAACAUGAUCGAAACAUGAUCGAAACAUGAUCGAAAUCGCAAUUCGGCCUUUUUGUGGAGUUGCAGUGUUUUAAUCUAAAAGGUAAAAUGUGUGACACAAUAGCGUUAUGAUUAAAUAAUGAUGUGCUGUAAGUGCUGCAGAGAUGUCCUUGCCCUUAUAAAUCCUGUUCUUCAGAUUUAAAAAAAAAAAAAAGCCUGUUUGUUUUUAAAUUUGUGGAAAAAAAUGUCCACACUAAUCGUGGAUAAUUUCGCGAUACUUGUCAAAACAAUCUGGAUAUGAUGUUUUUACUGUAUUGUGCAGCUUUAAUCCGUAACUGCUGAGUGACUGGUGGCUUUAUGGGAGGAUGUGAUGUUGUUUUGGCCUCGGUUCAAUACUAAAUAUCCUGCUGAAAUCAACCAGUAUUUCCUCACACAAGUCAGCUGGGUGCACUUGUGGUUGUUAAAUACUGUAACCGUAUUGUCAGCAUGUGUCCGUCUGGUUUCUCUCACCAUCAGAUCUUUAUACUGAAGCGUUAGGGAUCGUAAUCACUAGACAUUUCUAUAGAAGUGUACCUCGCUUAUUAACUGUGAUCAGUGUGGUAGCUACAGAAUUAUUACAUGAAGAUCAAGAUGUGAAAUUAUUCUGUCCUCUGCACAAUAUUCAGCCUGUUUGCUGGAAGUUUGUAUGACGUCGACCAUAUUUUAAGCAUUUUAUUAUCCGUUAUGUUUGGCUACUGGUUAUAUCAACUUUAUUUUAUGUUAUUCCUGCACACUGACUAGGGCUGUGUAUUGGCAAUAAUCUGAUGAUACAAUACCUAUCCCAAUACAGAGGUUACAAUACAAUAUAUUGUGUAAUACUGUGAAAAGAAAAGGUGAUAUAGUGUGUAUAUAUUACGUUUUUCAGCUGCAUUUUAGGAAAACUGUCAUAGUGUAAAGACAGAUCACGGGACAGUUAUAUUGCAGCACAAAUAUUCAAAUGAAAGAUGAAAAAUAAAUCCUGAUAUCGAUCGUGGUGUCAGAGACUCUUUACAAAGAAAAGGAAAUAUUCAUCGUUUUGCACAGUUUAUACUUUAUUCUAUAAAUUGAUAAAGAAAAUAUAAGAGAUGUCGAUUUUUGUCUAAUAAGUGAAUCUUUUACAGUCAUAAUUUCUCUUCAAUCUCAUUGUUCAAAAAAUUAAACCCAGUAUCGAAUCGUGAGUGAGUGAGUUGUUACUUCCCUAUAUAGAGAACACAUCACCAUAUGCAUGAAACCUUUCACACUUACCACACUGCUGUCUAGUGGUUCGGGGUUUUAAAGACAAAAAUCAAUACUGUGAUGUCAAAAAUAAAAUCUCACGAUAUUUUAACUAACAAUGACAAGCUUAUACAUUUAUAACAGAUGCAUAGCUCUAACACAGAUGUAAUGUCGGUGCAUAAAAGGCACAAAUCGGAAACCGGAUAAAUGUGUUACUGUAGAAGUUAAUGAGCCAUAAAUUCAACCACUUAAACAUUGUUGUAGAAGUUAAUUAAAAUAAUUUAAUUUAGUGACCAAAAAAAGUGUUUAAACACUCAAAUGAUCACCUUUUAAUAAAGUCACUAAUACUCUGUAGCAAAUAUUUAAACAUCAAGUCUGGUUCAAUGUGUUUGUUUAGUAAUGUGUAUGUAACUACAUUUAGUAGAUGGGGAUUAACCAGUGACAAAGGUCUGAGUGUGUCAACCUCAUUAUCCUUCGUCAAUGUCAACAACUCCUGUUUGUUUGUGUGUGAAAGUUUCUGUUUAAGGGGAAAGAAAAAACUCGUCCGACAUGUUUUGAGACAGAAAUGUUGCAAAUUUGACAGUUUCGACAUCAUAAGCAGACGUCAGGGGCUGUGAGUGGAUGUUGAUCACUGAGGAAACACACCUGGGGAGAGUAUGGACGCGGUUGUUACUGUGAAACGCCUGGACUGGACUGAUGAAACGGUCACCCUGCCCUGACACCCUGCUUCUCCUUCCCUCCACCCAGCUCCACCCCACCCCCCCGUCCUGAUUGGGUCUCCGUGCUGCCGGCGGUGGAUUGGAGCACUCUGAUUGGAGGCUUUGCGAGGUGGUUUUUCGGUCUGGCGCCGCCUCCCCCCGGGGCCGGCGUGCGCUCCCAGCAGCCCGUGGUGCCCUGUGCCCCCCCCUCCCCGUCACUGCACACCAGAGCCCAUGCCCAGGGAGGAGGCGCGGUGCGUCCGCCAGGAGCCAUGUGCCUCCCUCACACCAACAACAUGGACAGCAAGCUACAGGGGGCGGGGCCAGGGGGAGGGGCUUCACUUCGACCACGGGCAGGAGGCGUUCCACUGGAGCCCUUCAUACACCAGGUGGGGGGUCACACCAGUAUGAUGCGUUAUGAUGACCACACAGUGUGUAAGCCUCUGAUCAGCAGAGAGCAGCGCUUCUACGAGUCUCUGCCUCCAGAAAUGAAGGAGUUCACCCCGGAGUAUAAAGGUGUGGUGCUGGUUUGUUUCGAAUGCGACUCUGACGGCUACAUCAAUCUGGUGGCCUACCCCUACGUGGAAAGCAACAUGGAGGGGGGUAUGGCGGAGCACGAGGAGCGUGACCUCCCAGAGAGGGAGCAGCCGAGGAGAAAACACUCCCGGCGCAGCCUCCAUCGCUCCUCCUCGUCCUCGGAACACAAGGAGGAGCGGUCCGACAGGAGGGAGUCGCACGACACCGACACAUCCGAAAACAGUCUUGGAGAGCUGAAGAGUCCCAGGCUCGACCCAAAGAUCCACUCAGACGUUCCCUUCCAGAUGUUGGACUGGAACAGUGGUUUGAGUUCGGAGAAGAUCAGUUACAACCCCUGGAGCCUCCGCUGCCACAAACAGCAGCUCAGCCGCAUGCGGUCUGAAUCCAAGGACCGCAAACUCUUCAAGUUCCUGUUGUUGGAGAACGUGGUCCACCACUUCUCUUACCCCUGCAUCCUGGACCUGAAGAUGGGCACCAGGCAGCACGGAGACGACGCCUCCGAGGAGAAGGCGGCCAGGCAGAUGAAGAAAUGUGAACAGAGCACUUCAGCGACGCUGGGAGUCAGAGUGUGUGGCAUGCAGGUGUACCAGCUGAACACCGGUCACUACCUCUGCAGGAACAAGUACUACGGACGCGGCCUGUCAAUCGAAGGCUUCCGCCAGGCCCUCUACCAGUACAUGCACAACGGAAAGGGUCUGAGGCAGGACCUCUUUGAACCAAUCCUGAAUAAGCUUCGCAGCCUGAAGACGGUGCUGGAGAGGCAGGCGUCCUAUCGCUUCUACUCGUCUUCACUGCUCAUCAUCUAUGAGGGACAGGAAUCUGAGGGCCCUUCAGUCCUCAGCUCCGGGCAGCAUGCAUCCUUGCAACAGAAGACUCCUCCGGCCCCUGCAGAGCCCCACUGUGGCCCCGGGCCCCGCGCACCUCUGCCCCCAGGCGCUCCCUGUGAAACGGACAUGAGCCAGAACCCGGACCCGGGGUCACUGUCCUCUCAGGGACCUGGACUUAUGGCUCCACCCGCCCCUUCCCCUCGUCCUCCCCCCCCACAGGCCCCACCUGCCAAGUCAGACUGCCACUCCUUCCUCUCCUCGCCUCACCCCCAUCCAGACUCCUUCCCCCCUCCUCCUGCCUCCCAGCCCCAGCAGCCCCCCCUGGUGGACGUACGUAUGAUCGACUUCGCCCACUCCACCUUCAAGGGUUUCCGCGGCGACACGGCGGUGCACGACGGGCCGGACCGGGGCUACGUGUUUGGACUGGAAAGCCUGGUCCAGAUCCUGGAGAGCCUGCGGGACGACAAUCUGCCGUAGCUCCGAACACACACACACAACACACACACACACACACACACACACACACACACACACACACACAGCUUGUUGUGAGUUAGUUCAGGUCGUUACAGUCGGUGCAGGCUGUGCGACGGCGUUCUCAAGGACUGAGACGGUUCUUUGGCUGUAAAUAUGGAACAGGGUUCUUCAGGACGUCACCAUGGCAACAUGGGCAUUCUACAGUCGAGUAGUUACUAUAGCAACGGCCAGGAGGUGGGACAGUGGAGCCAAAAUUGCUGCAACUUCACACUGAUACGGAGACCCUCUGUUCGUCUGAGGCUCUGCACAACACACACACACACAUAUUUUUGUACUUCUAUACUUGUGAGGACCCUCAUUGACAUACUGUAUCCCCUAACCCCUAACCCCUGACCUCUAACCCCUAACCCACAACCAUCACAACUAAACUGAGCUCUAACCUUAAAGCCCACCUGCUCUCGAAGAUGUGUUUAUGUCCUUGUUCCUAAACGUUUGAUGUUUGAGUUUGACACUAGAAGGAUGUUUUCAUUCGUGUGCUGAAGGUGGUAAAGAUUCCCUGAGUUUACCUGAAAUCUUGAGUUUAAGACGUGUACAUACGAGCAUUAGAACCAGUUUGGAUCCAAUCCCGGUCCAAUAUGCGUCGUACACACAAUCCAAGUGCGGAUGGAUUCAUCGGUGAAGAGGAGACGAUGUUUCUUCAGCGUAUUUCGAGAUUCUAGAUUUUUCAAUCAAUUUUAUAGAUUUUAAUGAGGUUAGUUGUUUGUUGAUAAACCGCACCAGACACAUUUUUUUAUAUGUCUUAAAACAUGUCUGGAAGGGAUCUUUAAACUUUAAAGAUUUCAGGUGAGCACAGAGAAACAAACUUCACUACAUUUUAACCCUCCGGUGUCGAACUCUGCACGCCCGUCGUUCUGCAAAGUGAAGCUCAAACAUCCGACCGUAGGAAGCGAGAAGAUAAACACACAACAGCAGCGUGAGUGGACGGGCCAGAACUCUCAAAUUGGUCCUCACGAAGAUAGACGACCAAACACACACACACACACACACACACACACACACACACACACACCCUGGGAACAGUUGUCUGUGGAGCUGUUUGACAGCACAGCGGGACAGAGCAUCCUCUUUCUGAACAACCAUUCAGCUGGAUCCCAGGAGCCGCCCACUGAAGUUGGCCAACACUCACUUUUACCUCCCCUUCACUCCCCCACCUCCACUCCUCCUCACUCCUCUUUUCUCUACAGAAAAACCAAACCUGGACAGGUGAAAUAGACUCUUUUAGCGUUACCUCAGAAAACGCACUCAGAAACACAUCCGAGCGUCUGUUAAAGCAAUAGAUGGCGAUGAUAGACGGCCACAGAGGGCACUCCCUCGCCCCACAGGGAGAUAAAGUACAACAGAGAUUUGCGUCAUAGAAGUAGGCUUUAAGGAGAGGAUAUAGAUCAUUUCUAAAAACGCUGUAUGUCCGUUUUUGGGGCUUAAUUCAAAAACGUUAGUAGUCGGUGUCCUGUAAAAAUCAUCCUCUGGGUUAUUGUGUAAUAUGGAAAGCAUAAGUGUCACUGUCCCCAAAUCUUGUCUUGGUGAUAUUUUUUUCUUAUUGCCAACAAAUCCCCACGAAAAAAAAAAAAGAUCCAAAACCAACAACAAACUGAUGCACUAACAAGUAUUUUGUGUGUGUGUUUCCUAAAGCCUGAUAUAUUUUAUUCCUCUGUGCCAUAGAGCUCCAUUGUUGUCCAAAAAAAAAAAAACUAUUAAAAACACAUCAAUGAGCCACACUGUUGCACUGGGUUACAUGUCCAUCCUUACCACGAACACACACACACACACACACUGUAGUUUAUGUUGAGUUAAUCACACACACACACACACACACACACACCAUCCUGCUGCUGGAAACACUGGAGCACCAAAUGUGUAUUAAUCCAAAAGAAUCCCCAUUAAAUGCACUAUUUCCUCAAGUCUGAGUAACGUUUGCAAAUAACUACGUUUUUGAGCUGUUUGGAAAUUACUCUCAGCCUGAAACUAUAUAUUUGUGAGAUUGAUUUUUAUAUAUUAAAUUGUUUUUUUGGGUGGAGGGGGGAGGUUAUGUUAUGCCUUUUAUUUUAUAGCCGACAGUAGAGAGAUGACAGGUGAUUUCUGGGGACGUUGUGGUUCAUGGUCGCCGCCUUAAACCCUUGGCCACCAGGGCGUCCCAGAAGAUUUAUUCUGAACCUUGGAAACAGCAGAACAAAACAAUCUUCCCACAAACAUCCAUUUAAUAUUUGUUCUGGAGCUUUCGAUUGAGUCGUGAUGAAGCUGUACACGUUUAAAUCUCCAUUUUUUUAAAGCAUUUUUAAAAGUCUUUUUUUGUCCACGUUGGCUCUUUACAGGUCAAAAGCUCCAGAACAGCUUCUAAGUGAUGUUUCCUGUUUCUAACGUCAAGAAUUAACUUUCCAAUUUUCCUUUUUUUUUUUAAAGCCAAAAUGGACGAGAAGUCCUUAAAGCGCUCAGAAAAACAGAACUAAUGGAUUUUGUGAUGUGACGAGCUCCAGAAACAGCGACUUUGUGGAACCUCUUGGUGGGAUUGUUUUGUCAGAUAUAUAUUUGUGAGCUAUUUUUAAAAGAUUUACGUCUUCAGGAGGAACAAACUGAGGCUGAGAGCCGCAGACAGGGUCGGGUCGGAGGGGGGAAUAACACGUUGGUUUGGUUCUUUUCAUGGGAUUUGUUGACAAUAGAAAAUAUAUAAAACGACAUCAGCCUUAUUCUUUAAGUUGCGGCUGGGUGAAUAAAAAGAAUAUUUAAUAAGAAAAAAUAUUUUUCUUACAUAUAUAUGUGAGCUAAUCACAAUAUUUCAAAUAACCCAAAAUAAUCCAAUUUAUGUUCAUUGCAAUGGUUCCACUGUUCUCCUUCAGCUAACUUUGGCAGGUUUUUUAAAUUAUAAUUUAGAUGAGAAUUGUCUGAAUUUAAAUCACCAUUUUCAGUAAUAAUGUUGAGUAAUUGCCCCCCCCCCAUCCUGCCUCUAAACCAACUCUUCAUCCUGUGGCUGCAGAAGCAGAAUUGGCCGCAGUCUCUCGUUUAAAGACGCCACCUUUUAUCUCAUCUGAUUGGUCCUGAUGAGACCGUGUUAGCCAAUCACAUUUGUCCGUUUAUGCUUCCUUCAACAAGUUCCAGAGGCCGGCUGUGACGCAGCAGCGCCCCCUGCUGGACGGCAACAGGAACUCAACCCCCAGGAGCUGGAAUAAGAGAGAGCAGAUAUGAAUAUUUUAUUUUUGGUUUAUCGAGGUGAUAAUUUAUUUUUUUAUUGUACCUUUACCCAUAUGUGUGGGUGAAUGUUAUGUCUUUUACAUGUCACUCUCCCCCCCAAAAAAAAAUGUAUAAAAUGUAAAGAAAUUAAGUGCAUCAGAGACACAUGGUGUGAAACGUCAGGAGAUUGGCAGUAUUACCUGAGCUAACUCAACUCUGUUACGUUUGCUGCUCAGUCUGACACUCGUUUGUGUUCACGAAGAAAACUGUCGCAGCAAAAUCCAGACUUCAGUCAGCUCACUGAGCCCAACACUUGUGCCUGCUGUGGAGUUGUUGCUCAGGUGGGAAGCUCUAUGUGUGUGUGCGCGUGUGUGUGCGUGUGUGUGUGUGUGUGUGUGUGUGUGUAGACGCCAUCUUUUAGUCUUUGGUUUUGUUUCACUUCACGUUUAAGGAGUUGGAAAAGAACUUGCAUGCACAUUAACGUCCUCCUGUUUGGGUCGGUCAAACAUUCUUGUUACAGUCAACACAGAGUCUAAAGCAGCGACGUCGUCCUCUCGGAUCAUGGAUAUUAGCCUCAGUGAUUGAUCAGUUAUUUAGCAGCGUUUUCUGCAUCUGACAUCAUCCUGACUGUUUUUUGUUAGAACAGUGAAAGUAAGUGAGAUUAAAUCUUUCCAGAAGCUUUUGGGCUCGUGUUGUAAUUACUGACCAGACAGACACAUCCAGCAGACGGCACUGAGUCAUAUGAGACACACAAUAUAACACUGCCAGUUGAUCAUAUAAGCAGUAACAGUAACAGCAGCUGGUGCCGAGACGAACCCACGUAAUUCAGUAUCCCAGAGUUCAGGGAUCUGUGGGGUCAGUGUAGUUCAGAUUCACCUCACAUGGGCCCUUUUUGGCCAAAUAGUCAAAAUAAAAACAGAUUUCUUUGGAGUCAUUGAUGUUUCCCCCCUGAUGUCCAAUAUUCACUCUCUUUUAGCCUCUUUUAGCCGUGGUUUUGGUCUCUUCCAACUCCUGAGGGAAAUGUCGGCCUCUUUAGCUGCUUAACGCUCCGGUAUGUUCAGCAGCUCGUCUCUGAGUACGGUGGGUUUCUAUGAGAACGGCCACCUGCUGCACGAGAGCGGUUAGAGUAAACCAGACGACAAACAAUAAAUUGAGUGUUUGAGGAAAUAAUCAACAGAUUAAUCGAUAAUUAAACCAUUGUUAGUUGCAGCCUUAAUCCUAUAAUGGAAACAAGUGACAGCCGGUGUUUGUUCGCAGGGUUGAACACCAGCUGUAGCAGUUUUGAGGCUUGUGAUGUUCAAGACUGCAGAUAUUCAGCCCUGUCCCUCUUCAGGCUCCUUAUCUUACCGAUAAAGUGCCUGGAAAAGGUUAACGCAGUCAACCAAGGUCGACUUUUAGAGUCUCACUGUGCCCUCAAAACCCAACGCUGUGACCUCGAACUGUAUCCGAAUCGCUCUGUGGAGGUCCGUUUCUGCCAGGAAGAGAAGAAAGUGAUGAGAUACCACCAGAAGAGGACUGCAUUCACAAAUAGAGAUACUUUAUCUCUUAUUUGUAAUUGUUGAGAUAAAACCUCCAAUUAGUUUGUUUAUUUGUUGGAUGCAAUGCUCUUCCAUAGAUACUAAACCAGAAUUAGAAGAUUAAAUUCUUCGUGGUUCGUAGUAGUUUGUACGUUGUAUCUCAUCAUUUCUUGACAAAGUAUGAUUUUAAUCUAUAAUCUAAUUUUUUUGAGUAUUUUUUAGGCCGUUUUGUGGCUUUUCUAUUAGAAAACAGGAAAUGAGGGGAACGACAACAGAGGUCUCCUGGUUGGACUCAACGUUACAGUUUCUUAAAACUCCACAGAUUUAAUCUAUUGUCAGAUUUUUUCAGCAGAACCAGUAAUAUUGUUUAUUUUUAUCCAUUCAUUUGUUUUCCCUGUCAACAACUGGCGCCUGCAUUUCCCACAAUGCAACUUGACCAGAGACAGUUCUGUCAGAGAUUCUGGUUCAUUAUGUAGCGGCUAAUGUAACCUCCUCGGGCCGCCAGCCUCAAACAGAGAUGAGCAGCGGGCUGCGGAGGUCUGUUAACUUCAUUCAAACUCCAACCCAAACUGAUUUUGUUUAAUUUUUUUAACUUGUAGUCUUCAGCUCCCAAUUCAAUUCAAUUCAAUUCAAUUUUAUUUGUAUAGCGCCAAUUCAUAACAGAAGUUAUCUCAGGACACUUUUCAAAUAGAGCAGGUCUAGACCGAACUCUUUAACAUUUACAGAGACCCAACAGUACCACCAUGAGCAAGCACUUGGCGACAAGGGCAAGGAAAAACUGCCUGUUAAAAGGCAGAAACCUCGGACAGAUCCUCCGGCUCUAGGUGGGUGGUCGUCUGUCUCGACCAGCUGUGGUGAGAGAGAGAGAGACAGGUGCACAGCAACAACAGUAGCAACAACUACACUAAUAGUAGUGACUCCCAACCGACGCCGACUCCAGUGACAUCACUUGAGGCGGUGUGUGUCAGAUUUUGUCCCUCUGGAGCCAGAAGACAGAAGACUUCUUUCACAUAUGCAGUAGACCUGUAAACAGAGCUCUUCCUUAAAGGCCACGAGAACAUUAUUUAUCUCAUUAUUGUGACUUCGUAGCUCAAAAUUUUGACUUUCCAUCAGUAUUUUCUAUUUUUUAUCAUUCCUAAAUUUGUAUUGUUUUGUUUUUUUCUAGCAUUAAUGGGCUUCUAUAGAGACUGUAUGACUGCGAGAGAAAACCACCAACACUGUAAACACGACUAAUAACUCACUGGGUGUGACUCACGCUAACAGGGUAAAAAGCUUACUGUAUGCAAUAUCAUUUAUGCUAAUCAUCACAAUGCUAACAGCCUGAACGCACAUCACCAGCAGUCGGUCACAUGCAUGCGCGAAAACUUCUCCUACACCAAGCUUAAAUCUCGACAAAAACGCCACAGGUCUGGAUGCUUUUAUCAGCAGCUGGAUGAGAUCCAGAGCUUUCUUCUUUAUGUUCAUCUGACAAUCAGGACGCCUGUGGGGACAGAAAAUGUUAGAGCCUCCCAUCCGAAACCUGACAAAACUCUUGAAGACAGAAGUGGGAGACAGCGAGCUCCGAUUCUGCACGUCUCGCCUGGUUAUUGAACCUGGUUCUCUGUGACCUCCGGGUCUUCCUGCUGUGUGCGGUCCACAUCUGUUGUUGACUCACAGCGGAGGGAUCAGUGUGUGAAAUGUAAAAAUAUUCAUCAUGAAUCAUUUAAUCUUGUAUUCAAUCUUUAAAAGCUUUUGGGGUUUUUUUUUUUUCUUUCUUUCUUUCUUUCUUUCUUUCUUUCUUUCUCAAAAACAGGUGUUUGAAAAGGGGUUGAAAUAAAAUCUGUGACUUCAGUGUGA